UUGUGAUGUUCCUUAUCUUUUCUAUUUGAUCAUUUAAUGCCGCGAUACUGAUAUCUGUAACAUUUUAUUCAUUUCGAAUCGUAUUGUUUUUAACGGCAGUAUGGAAAAAUUGAGAAAAUUAUGCGUGUGUGUUCUACGCACGCAAUAUACGUAUUCUAAACAUGAUUACUCGACGAAAUCGGGUUUAUUAAAGGAUAUAAACGUGUUAGAUCUGAGUAGAGUGAUCGCGGGUCCAUUUUGUUCCAUGACCCUUGGGGACUUGGGCGCUAAUAUCAUUAAAGUGGAAAGUUUGGACGGCGAUGAAGCGCGUAAAUGGGGACCGCCGUUUAUCAAAGACAGUAAAGAUUCUUUUUAUUUCCUCUCAGUGAACAGGAAUAAAAAGAGUAUUUGUAUUGAUUUCAAGAGUCAAGAAGGCAAGAAAGUAAUAUAUGACUUGGCUAGGAAAUGUGAUGUGUUGGUAGAAAACUUUGUUCCUGGCAAGCUAGACAAGCUGGAGAUUGGCUAUGAGAAACUGAAGGUCAUUAACCCCAAGCUGAUAUAUUGUGCCAUCACUGGGUUUGGACCCACAGGGCCAUAUGCUAAGAAACCUGGGUAUGACGUAAUAGCAGCAGCAAUGGGUGGCCUGCUAAAUACCACUGGAGAACCAGACGGCGACCCUUGCAAGGCAGGCGUCGCUAUCACAGACAUCACCACAGGACUCCACGCAUUCGGAGCUAUCAUGACAGCUCUGUACUACAGGGAAAAGACAGGAAAAGGGCAGAGAAUUGACUGCAACCUGCUCUCAACACAAAUAUCCAGUAUGAUUAAUAUAGCAACGAUUUAUUUGAACUGUGGCAUUGAAGGCCAAAGAUGGGGCACAGCGCACGCUAACCUCGUACCUUACCAAGCUUUCAAAAGCAAAGAUGGCUACAUGGUCAUCGGAACAGGAUCAAAUCCACAAUUUGCUGAUCUAUGCAGGAUUAUAGGCAAAGAGGAACUGAUAACUGAUGAGAGGUUCAAAGAUAAUUCAAAGAGGGUUGAGAAUAGGAAGGAAAUCAUCAGAAUUAUCAGUGAGGUUAUUCAGACGAAGAGUAAUAAGGAAUGGUCGGAGAUUUUCAAGAAUGCUUCGUUCCCAUGCGGUCCCAUUAAUAAGAUGAAGGAUGUGUUUGAAGAUGAGCAUGUUAAAGCUAUAGAGUUGGUGAAGGAACUGCCUCACCCUGACGCUGGUACCGUGAAGGUUGUAGGGCCCCCAACAGUGUAUGGGUUAGGGGGUAACGAUGCGAGGUUGGCUCCCCCAAGGUUGGGCCAACAUACUCGAGAUAUUUUGGCCAACUUUUUGGGAUAUCAUGAUAAGAAAAUUGAGGGAUUAUUGGACAAUAAGGUUGUGCAAUAGUAUAGUUUAAUACAGGAGCCGGUAGAGCGCGUGGCAGUGAUCACGCUGCGGCCGACCCGUGCCGAGUCUCGCAAGAAGGUCGUCUGGACGGAAGACACCGUUGAUAAUGAGCAUAUGAACAAGAAGAAGUCUAAAUGUUGCUGCAUAUACGAGAAGCCUAGAAAGUUCGACGAGUCGGAUUCGUCGGACAGCGACGACGACGAGUGCGAGCAUUGCUUCGGGCACGUGGAGAAGAAGAAGAAGGGCAAGCACCACCACAACCACGACGCCAGCUGUCCGCACAGCGACACCGCCACCACCGCCACCACCACGGAACCGCAACCAGCGCCGGAGCCGACGGCGGUGCUCACGCUACAGCCCUCGCCCACACCUGCGCCUGCGCCGCCCGACAAGAAAGACGAGUAACCAACCACAUACACUGCUAAAUAAGUCAACUUAUAUUAUAUCUAAUUAAUAUUUAUUUAGUCACAAGUUAGACAAAUGACCUAAAGGGGGCUAUUUACUGUCUAUGGGGGGUGUAUACUAGCUAUAUACUAUAUUAUUGGUCGCCAGAUAACGCCAGUGUGAACCUAUCGUUUUUCGUCCAAGCUUAGUGCCACAGGAUUGGAUGUUCAAUAUUUGACAGCUUGACUUAUUGGAAAAAAAACCUCUUGCUACAUUUGCGUCAUAUGGUGACCAAUAAUAUCAGUAGCCCCAAUUAAGAUCGCAGGGAGCCACUGGAUGCAGGUCGCUUCCAACCGGCCUAUCUGGAGGUCAUUGGGGGAGGCCUAUGUUCAGCAGUGGACGUCUUGUGGCUGAUAUAAUGAUAAACAACAUUCACUGUUACAUUUAUUAUGAGCACCUCUGCCUACCCCCUUCAGGGGGGUGGGGGAAGGUAUUGUCUGAUAUAAGCCUAUCUCAUUUAUGUGAGGAUGUUUAAUGUAAGCCAUAUAAAUGUAUGGAUAACAGCAAUUUUGGUGUUUCAUAUCUUAAUUUCUGUGAUGGGUGUGUAUUGCUAUCUCUUUCAUCUAUUUGUAAUUAAAAAAGAGACAGAAUUAGGGCACUUGCUUCGGUGAAAAAAAUUUAUUAGAAUUUUGAUUUUCAAAAUUCUCAUUGAUAGCACAAAUUGUAAAACUAUGUGAAAUGAUUUGCCCUGUCCUCUUCUUUCAUUCUAUUUUAGUAAGGGAUAGCGAUAUACGCUCCUAAAAACAUGGAAAUGUAUUUAGUAUAAUGUAAACUAACUUAUUUAAACGGUUGUUUGAUAUAGACACACGUACAUUAAGCUACCCCAAUGUAUAAAAUUCUUCAAUACAUUUUAAUUUAUUACAACUGCACAAGAACUGUAUUACUGGACGAAUAGUCGAAGAUACGACUGCCAAGCAAAGUGUUCUGAUUCUAAAUUAAGUAUUAUUGCAUUAUCCAACUUUAAUAUCAGCAUGGAAUAUGAAAUUCGUACGUGAAUAGCUCUGCCCACUCCAACGGAGAUUAAAAGGCAUAAAGAAGUUUUAUUUAAUAGUCAACAUAACUAUGAAGUUAUGUUGACUAUUAAAUAAAACUUCUUUAAUAAAAAGGGAACCGCCUUCAAAAAUAAAAUGCGAAGCUCCAUCUGUUUUAAGUCAGGUAAUAUACCUUAAACCUCCUAAGUCUGAAAAAUACUAUGCUGAAAACCGCAUCAAAUUCGGUUCAGCCAAACGCGAGAUAAUCGUGCAAAAACAAACAUACAUACAUACAUACAGGUCAAACUGAGAACCAUUCUUUUUUUGAAGUCGGUUAAAAAAUACCAAUAAUUUGGGGUAGUUUGAUGUGCAUCGUGUCUAUUGUCAGUGACAAUUAUAUUAAAAUGUUAUGUAAGAUUGACUGAUUGGAUGCGAAUAUUGCGGGGUAGAGCAAGACUAGAGGAAAUGAAACGAAUCAAGAAACUAGAAUUAUGAAAUUGAAAGCCUUUUUGAUGGAAAACAAUAAAUAUUAGACGUAUAUUUUGAUUAUUCUGUUAAUUAAGUAAAAUUGUUUACUCAUACAACUAUUUGACGAGCAUUAUGGGUCCCUAUCGUGGCUUGAAACGAGUCGAGUUAUGUCGUCAAACAAUUACGUUUAGUAAACUGUUUAUUCUAGUUGAUUCUUGAAAGAGAUAACAUCGUGUUUUUCAAUUUUGAGCUCUAUUUCGUUUUACAUAGGAUUAAUUUUAGCUUAUAACUGUCUGAAAGACGAAUUUAUAAGUGACUUAUGUCUUACGGAAUAGAACUCAAAUUUGAAUGGAUUAGUUAAUGAGUUUAAAUGUGUAUGAAUGUGUCUGUGUCUCUGUCUAACACGUUUACUUUGUUAGAUGUGUGACAGAGACAGCAGUACUUCCCCGUUCUUAUUCCUUCCCUUUCCUUUAUUAUUUAGCCAUAUAAAAUGUCUUACUUGAAUAAUAAAAGUUCCUAAAUCGUGUCUCGAGAGUAAAUAAAGGAAAUUGAAUUGAAUUCUGAAGGGAAUAAGUAUGAAAUUCGCGUGGCAAGAAAACUUAAAUUUUUAGGUUAACAUGUCCAAUAGACAUGUUUAUGAGUUAGUUAUAUAAUUAUGUACGUGCUUGUUUACAUUAAAUGUACACUAUUAUAUUAUUUUCCUUAUUUUUAUCAUUAAGUAACUUAGGUGUAGCUAUUAAACCUUUUAUUUUAAUUU